AUGUCAGAAGAACAGGACCACGAGCGGGUGCCCUCCAUCGGCGAACUCGACGCGUCUUUGGAUGCCUACUGGGCUAGCCAUGGCAGACCAAGCCUUCUGAUGGGUGACGGUAAAACAGACGAUGCUCUUGCUGGACGUCGAUUACCUUUGCAAUAUGUCAACGGGCUUAAUAGCCACCCGCUCCCAAAUCUCUAUCCUUUCUAUCCUGUCCGAGGGCACGACGUUUCUGAUCUGAGAUGCAACCCAUUCCAGGAAUCGGGCUUUACUUCUCACGGCGUCUUCACCCACCAAGACGAACUCAUACCUGUGGCUAGUCGUCGUCAACCUCCCAUCCUGCCCGGAAACCGCCAUGUACACGAGGCUCCGUCGCCCUCUAUCAUCGACUUCGACCUCCCUCCCUCAGAAAAUGGAACACCAACUCCACAACCUUCGACUGCCCGCCUUAGCCGCACAAGCACACCGGAAGUUUUCGUGACCUUCUCCGAUGUAGCGGCCCACACAGCAAAAUGCGACGAAGGCAACGAACGGAACAGAGACGGUAUGUCCCGCUGCAACACCUGCGGCUGGCAGAUCUGCCGCGCAUGCAUCAACCGGCGCGCAGGGGACCGUGGUCAUUCUUCAUUUGGGAGUAUGCACGUCGAGGAACCUUCCAGGAGGCGUCGUGCGGGUUCGACUCCUCGCCAGGGGAUUUUGGGAUCCGGAUCUCUUAAGCAUAUGAGUGCUGAAGCUUGCGCUGCGGAGACGUUGGUCAAUCUUGGUUCUGCUUCUACUUCCGCUCCAGCUGAUGGAACACGGGCUGGGAAUAUUGCUUCUGAUGGUAGGUUUGGAGCUCUGCCUUUCCGUGGACGCGAACGUUCUCGCGAUGAGGUUGAUGUUUCCUGGAGUGAUUCUGAGGUUACUUUGUCGCCGGGUACCGAGAGGGGUUCGGUUUCGCGGCACGUGGAUGAGCCUGAGGUUCCCAUCGGGGAGGAUGGGCUGCCUUUGCAGUAUCAGAUUGCUCGGCGGAAUCCGGAGCGUCGUGCUCGUCCUUCUUCGCGGAUGGCGGAGUGA